AUGGCGGAACGCGAGCCCCCCGAGCGUUUCCCUGACAAGCCCGAGGCGCGAGUUGAAUUCAUGAAUCAAUUCAAAGACCCAACAAUUUCCAAGGAAGCCAAAAUGGCCAAAGCCCGUGCGAUCAUGGCAUCCUCGACCUUACCCACUCUCACCCAGAGUGAAAUCAACGAAUUGAUUCUCAACCUGGGUGAGAUGACGUGGGAGGAAACGCAGGUGAUUGCCCGCCGCUGGGUGCGCUUCAACCCAAACCCACCUGUGAAAAGGUGGAAUCCUGGAAUGGAAGACGAGUUUUACUCCUGUCCCGAGAAGCUUCCCAAAGCUAGAAAUGGACCUGGAGCCGAACUGGAAUGCCGGAUCUAUCAGCUCCUCGCCAAGCCCCGGUUGUCUCCAGGAAUCGAGAAACCUGAGCCGUGGGCCGAUUCAGGGCCCCCAGAUGUGAUCCCCGACGCUGACUAUGGAGAUGAAAGGCUGCCAAAGCCCGUGUGGUCAAAGCUGAAUAUCGACAAUGAGCUUUUCAGGUCGCAGUGGAACCGCGAGUACAAGGAUCAAGCCAAAGCUUACGACGAUUCCGAACCCGCGUAUCCAAUCGUUCGUGAUGGCGAGCUAACAUUGACCACCGAGGUCCAAGAGUCCAUCUACAACCCGAAGCCAACUCCUUUCGAGCCUGACCUCAUUCUGGACCCAACCGAGGCUUGGGAGGACUCUAACCUCCGAUACAGGAUUUCAUCGAUUUCCAUUCCUAACGUAGUUGUUAGAAAGCAGUUUUUUGACUGGUUUGAGCAGCUUCCGGAUGAGCCACAGGUGGUCAACAUCUUCCGGGCUGCCUUUUUUGAUGGAACCGCCGUGUCUGAUGGAAUAUCCGAAAUGUUUCUGCCAAACCUCAAGCAUCUCCCAACCCCCCGGAACAUGAAAGACGAGCUAACCAGUCUUCAUUGGCAUGAGACCUCCCGCGGUUACACUUACAACUGGAGCCCUACCAACCAGAAGCGCCUCAAAGCCGAAGAGGAGAGGCAGGAAUAUCUGCGGCGCAGCGCACCCCACCGCGCAUGGCUCAAUCUGCCACCUGGCUCGAAGGUUGUGCCCCCUAACAUCUACCUGCGCCCAGCGGAACAUUAUGAUUCAUCUCGGGUCCGCAAGAUUAUGCAAUGGUACACGGAGAACUCGUUCGCCAGCGGUGAUCUCAGCUCCAUGGGGGAGACGGAAUACGAAAAGUUGCUUGCUUUUUGCCGAAAUGCGAAAUUGCCUUUUGUUGUCGCCGCUCAGCGCCCCGAGUGGAAAUACCACAGCAACCAGAUUGAUCGCGCUGUUGGAUUCGCCUACGUCAAGUACCACCGCCCCAGCAAUGGCGCCGACGCUUCCAUGGGUGAGUUGCAGGUUUUCGUCCGUGAGGAGAACAAGAAACAACACAUCGGAAGAGCUCUUGUUCACAUGGUCAUCUCAUGCUUUGAGACUGAUCCCACUGCCGGUAAGACUGGUGACUAUCAGUUCAAAGGAAUGGGAAGUGUGGAGUACGGUCCGGGCUACAGCGAGUCGCCCACCACUUUGCUCUGUGUUGUUGCAGACCACGCUGGACCCAACAAGGAACAGGGUUGGGUGAAAGAUUGGUUGAAGAAGGACUUUGGCUUCCAGGAAAAGAGUGAAUUUGGAGGCGCCAGGAUCAAAUUCGGAAAAUCGUACGCACCCCCUGGCCAUCCUUCGGACCCCAAUAACUCACAGGAUCUCUCAGGUUCGACCUCUGCUACCUGGCUCACCAAAUCAAUUACCCCAAAAUGA